AUGGCUGGGCUGGAGCUGCUGUCGGAGCAGGGCUACCACGUGGACAGGUGCCACGCUGGCAAGCUCUGCCAGAUCUGUGCCCGCAUGGGCAUCUUCACGCAGGCUGAUGGCUCAGCCUACCCGGAGCAGGGCAACACCAAGGCCCUGGCUGCCAUCUACGGGCCCCACGAGAUGUGCGGCUCCCGCAGCAAGACCCUGCAUGACCAGGCCUUGGUCAACUGGAAGUUCAGCAUGGCCAUCUUCACCACGGGCAAGCACAUGCAGCAGCCUCACGGAGACUGCAAGGCCAGCGAGAUGACCCUGCACCUCAAGCAGACCUUCGAGGCCACCAUCCUCAUGCAGCUCUACACCCGCUCCCAGAUCAACAUCUACAUCCAGUUCUUACAAGCAGACAGUGGGAACUAUUGUGCCUCCAUGAAUGCAGCCACGCUGGCAGUCAUGUGGGACUUCGUGUGUGCCAGCUUAGGUGGCUUCAUUGAAGACACACCCUUGGCUGACUUAAACUAUGUGGAGACACUGCUACCCAAGUCAGACCAGAUUGCAUUGCUGGAGAUGAAUGCUCGGCUGCAUGAUGACCACCUGGAGCGCAUCAUGGAGGCUGCCAGCAAGGCCUGCAAAGAUGUCUAUGCUGUGCUUGACCAGGUGGUGUGGGAAUAUUUUCAGGAGGUCACUGCUUUGCUGGGCAAGUGA